CUUUGUGACCCAGUCUUGGUGAAGUUCGCCCAAUCGAUAAACCAAAAGCCAAAAGCUGUAAAGUGACGUUAAAAAGGCGUUGAAUGCGAAUGAGACCGGUGGGCUAAUUACCUUAUCGGUGCAUCCAUCAACCGUUUUGCAUCCCCGCUGCAAAAGCUCUCGCACGCAUAUCCAUUACGUCACCGGCACCAGGGAGGCCGGCGCGCUCACGACAAUCGUUCUCGCCAAGUCAAGUGGCAGCAAAAAAAAAAAAAGAAACACUCAUUUUCGGCCGGCAACGAUCUUACCUCUCAAGCAUAACGCGCGAAACGCGUCAGCGAAAGGGGGGCUAGAGCAGCAGCAGCAGCUUGCUCUCGUGCUGGUCGUCGGCGGUUGCGAACAAAAGCUUCGGAACGCGCGGCCAAUCGUUUCAAUCAGCGUUUUGAGUUCGAUUCGAGAGGAUCAAUUCAGCCAGCAGUGUGUAGUGUUGUCACAGCGAUCACCUUCACCAAAGUGUUUAAUUGCUCCGGAUAUCCAGCAACCCAUCAAGCUAUAAUACUCAACAUGGCUUACCGUUUCGCGUGUGUCCUGCUGACCGUGGCCCUCUGUGCCGUUCCCGCGCUGAGCUUCUCGGCCGGUGCCCCGAACGGUGCCUGCGGUGACAUGAUCCCGCAGCAUCACACCGAACCGCAAAAGUCGGCUGCCCCGUACCAGAUCAUCCUCUCGAAGAAGCAGAUUAACGCUGGCGAAGGUGUCACGAUCACCGUGCAAGGUAACAGCGCCAAGGACACGAUCAAGGGACUGCUCUGCCAGGCGCGCGUUGGCGAGACACCGGUCGGUGCAUUCGAUGUGCCGCCGAACAACAACUACAUCCAGAAGCUGGACUGCGGCAAUUCUAAGGCGUCGGCCGUUACGCACAAGAAGAUUGAAAACCCACCGAACGCCAUUACCUUCAACUGGAUCGCUCCGAAGGGACUUAGCGAGCAGGCACGUGUUUACUGCACGAUCGCUCUCAACGGAGGUGUCUUCUGGGUGAAACACUCGUCCGAAUUCCUGAAGGUGAACUAAGGCGCACUUUGACAACGUUGGAGCGGUGGUGGUCCCGGCGACCUACCAGAGAAAAAGGGGAGCAGUAUUAAGAGACCAAACUGGUUUUCCAGCGGGAAGAUUCAGCAGUCUUUUUGUUUUUACCCAACCGGACAAUUAUCAUUAACUUACGUUUACCAGCCCGUUUUACCUGAAUGACAAUAAAUACGACCAUCGACUAUGAUAAACAUUA